AUGGGACGCGGCCGACGUCCCAACCUGGCCCUCGAGCCCACCCGCUCGCUCCAGACACAGCGCGCCUUUCGACAGCGCAAGGCAGAGCACCUCGCCAACCUCGAGGCAUCCGUCAAGCGCCUCACAGAGGAAAACGGUCAGCUUCGCAGCCUCCUCAACCUCGACCCCUCGCAGCCAGCCCCGCAGCCGUCCAUCGACGACAAGCCCGGCCUCGCUGCCAACACACCUCCAACGAAUCUGAACCCAUGCCAAGACCAGCCCAAGGGCUCAGGCGCACACCGCCACGCCGCCCAUGGUCCAGCACAGCAACAAUGCCACGACUGCGCCAGGCUGCAAGAGACAAAGGAGCACCUCGCCCUCGCCGCAAGCCACGUAGAAGUGCAGAUUUCCGCGCUCAAUGAGGCCAUGCUCGCGCUGCGCUCCGUUCUAGCCACGGACGGUGUCACAUCCAAGAGGUCGCUGCCUUCCGCCUCAUCGCUGGCCGUCAGCCUGAACCCCGACAGCUCGAGCUCGUCUACCGGCCACAGCGGCUUCUCCGCCCACCACGACGACUCGACCCCGCUCCACAAGCGACCCAGGCUCGCCGACCACGAACACCGCCUGCCCUCGCCAUCGUAUCCAGCACCACCCGACUAUGCCGCCGUAUCUGGAGUCGCAAUGACUGCGCCGUUCUACAGUCGCGCUCAAGGUGGGCAUCAGGGGCAGGGUCAGAGUCCCGAAGCAGGCAGCGUCUCGCGGCAUCUCCCUUCUCCCUUCCGCCCAGCCCAGAGUUUGAGGGCUGGGCAGCUGUGGCACUCGGCAUCGCCCAUCAGCUCGGCGACGGCGACAGCGAUGGCACCUUCUCCUCCAUCCGGCCAAUCGCCCUCGUCGGGGUACCACCACUCCGUCGCGUAUUACCGUCAGCAACCGCAGCAGCCCCGGUCCGCGUGGUCUUCGUCCUCAGCUCCGCCCACACAUCAGCCGAACACUGGCGCGUCUCAGCAUGCCUCUCAGCCCCGCAUGCACGAACAUGACGCAUACGGCGCAAGGCUGGCCCUCGGGUCCAUUCUAGCGCCAGGGACGAACGGAGCAGGGGCUGGAGCUCAAGCUUUGUCACCGUUCGCGUCCUGUGUGGCGCCGCAGGGCGGCAGCUCUCCGACCAAUGACGGCCUGGAUCGAGCUGGCAAAGCCACAUCGUGUGGUCCCGUCUUCUCACAACCCUAUGCCGGCGUUGCUUCCCCGUCUGCCGCAUCGCCGACGAAUGGCCAGCCAGCGAGCCGGGCUCAAGUCGUUGGCAUGCACUCGCCGCGGUUCGAUGCGCAACGCCUUGACGAGCGCGGUCACAACACGUAUAAACAAGCCGUCGGCAUGGCUUCGCACUCGACGUCACGCAAUCUAUGCGGACUCUCUGAUGCGGCGCACGAGCUAGAUCCGAGCUUGCGAAGGGAAGCCUCGUUGGCUCGACCCCGCAAUGGAUGCGGCGAUCGCGGUUUCAACCCGUCAUCUGCGACCUCACCUGCCUCGACGUCUUCGACUGGAGGCUGUGGUGUCCGCUCCUCCAGCUGCAGGCCGUCGUCGACGACGCGGCAGUCGGAGAGGUACUCGACCAGCGCCACUACACCGGCGGCAGCGGACGACCCGGCGAUGGAGCCGCCGGGGUGCAAGGCUGCAGAAGGCCUCGAUGGCAGGGCGAAGGCGGCGAGCUGCUGCAAGCCAAGGGCGGCCGCAGGCGCGUCUGCGCACGAGAGUGUGGCGGAGAGGGUGUCCGACGCGGGCAGAUCCGCGACACCCAUCAUGAAGAGCGAGGGGGGCCUCCACGACGAUGGCGAAGGUCCACGUCGCUUUUCGCCGCCGCCCACGCUCGGCGUCAUGAUGGACAUGCGGGGCCGCGGCGACUCCAACGAGCCGUGCUGCUUUGGCCUGGUCGAGUGCGACGCCGAGGGCCGCAUCCUGCUCUAG